GUGCCGCCCUCCGCCCGGCCCCGGGGCGCCACCGCCCGCCCCUCAACCCCUCGUCCCGCCCCGCCCCGUCCCGUCCUGUCGCCGUGUCCCGGGCCGGGCGUGCGGCGAGGGGAGCGCGGGAGGGAGCCAUGUCUCACGGGGCGCGAGUGAUCCGCACCGGGGUGAGCAGCGGGGGGCCCGCGGCCCCGCCGGCCGCCGCUUCCUCGGCGGGCUCGGACGCGGAGCUCAUGGACGGCGCCUAUUUCCGCUCCUGCGCCGGCAUGCUGAAGGUGGCCCAGAUGAUCUCAUUGCUGGUCGGAUUCAUCAGUGUAAAUACUUCUCCAUGGACAGAUUACAGUGCAUACAGCUACUUUCAGAUUGUCACCAUGUGCGACUUGGUUAUGAUUUUGUUCUUCUACAUUAUCCACAUUUUCAGAAUCUACAGGAAGCUCACUUGUGUUAGCUGGCCACUUGCGGAGUUUCUUCAUUAUUUAAUUGGUACAAUUCUGCUUCUCAUUGCAUCGAUUGUAGCAGCAUCCAGGAGUUACAAUUUGAAUGGACUCGUGGCUGGAGCGACUUUCGGGUUCCUAGCUACAAUCCUUUGUGUUUUAAGCAUAUGGUCAUCCUACAAGGUUUCGUGCAUCACGCAGUCAACAAAUGCAUCUGUAUGACUCCUUCAUCUCUGCAAGACAUCUGCCUUACACGAUAGAAUACCAAAGAGGAGUGUCCACUACUGAGGAGAGAGGACGGGUAUUUUGUUAUACUAGCCUGGACAGCCGGUAGCUUUUGAAGAUCUUCCUGAAUGCCUAUGCAAAACAAUGUUGUGAACCAAAGUCUUUUUUCUCCCCUCACUUCCCCCUCCCCAUCCCCACCCCCCCGAAGUUUAUAAUGGAGAACGUGCUUCUUGUGAGCUUUACAGAGAAAGACAACUUCUGUCUCACAAGCUGGGCUGUGGUCAUUUCCAGCUAGUUGCAAUAAGUGGAUUUAAAACUCAUUUGGAGAGUUGUUUGGUUCUCCUUUCAGAGGGAUGGAAAAAUUGCUCCUGAUUUCCUCCAUCUGUUUACAGAAGGGAAAUCCUGCAAACUCCUACCUGAUUCUUAACUUCCAAAGAUGAUUUGUUUAACAAAGGAACUGUUACAAACUGAUUUGUGCCUGGAUAAGCUGACCCGAGUCUUUGUUACCUCUUUCUAUCAGAACUGUGGACUUUUUCUAACAUCAGCUCAGCCACAUCAAAAAUUAUGAACUGCAACUUGAAUACAUCACUGCAAACACUCCCUCCUAGCCUCAACUGUACGUGAUGAAAUCAGGUUUUUUCCUCCAUGAAUUUUUACAGGUUAUUAACAAUCGAAGAUCAUUCUUAAAAACAUCCCUCUGCCAAAUACAGGAAAAUGCAUACCCAAGAAUAUCUGUUUAAUGUUUUGUGGGAUCUCUUCUUUUUCCUUUUCACAAAUACUCAUUUGUAAAAUGGGUAUCUGUAAGACCUGUUCUGUAGAAAAUUUCUGUGCGUUUGCUAUAAACUGUUCUCCUUGGGGUUUAACAGUGUUUAUGGAAAGCCCACUGUGAAUGGAACAAUGUGCUUUGUUCUCUCUCUUACAUGCAGUUUCUCCCUUCCUCUGCCGCUGCUGGGAUCUGCGCUUUUGGGGUCUCUGCCCUGAGUCUGGACAGGUGGAACAGUUCAGUUUUGUCCAACCUGGUGUUGUCAUAAAGUUCUAUGGAACUUCAGGGCUGAGACAAUGCCUUCUGGGCACCUCUGUCUUUUUCUCCUUUCGCAGUCUGUCUCUGGUGAGCUGGAAAUUCUCUGCAGGAAAAAGGGAAGUGCAGGCCCUGCCUCCUUAGUGCUUCCCCUUUCACGUCUAGCUGUGAAGUAGAACUUGUACUUACAAGUUGGUCUCUUCUGUCAGGACAACUGCAUGACGGUGCAGCAGGUUUCUGCAAAAAGUAGGAUUUAUACAGUUUACCAGGUCCAAUCUGGAGGAAAAAGGCACUUUCUGGCCUGCUCUGCAUUCUUCUAUUUGUCUGAAAUUCUGUGUCGAUACUGCUAACUAAUUUAAUGGUCCUCUCAGAAAUUUCUUUUUGUGCCUCAUAGCAUGUCGUCAUAUGGUGCCAUUUGUUGCCAUCUUAUUUUUUUCUCUUAUCCUAAUAUAUGUAUCUUUUCUUUGAUUUUUUUUUUUUUUACUCUCUGAUAAGAGAAAUUGGCCAACUGCUAAAGUGUCAAAAAAUUUUAGUAAAUGAAAAUAACCUCGAAAGGUAGACAUCCACCUCCUUACGGUGCACAGUUUCUGUGAUUCUUCUUGCUAUUCCUUUCCAUAAGUCCCCUAUUUACAGCAACACAGAGCAGGAAACAAUUUGAAAGCACAAAAGUCUGCUGCUUGUGGAUGAAGAUACAUAUAUUCAUUCCAGGAUAAACUGCUUUACAUUAAUUAGAGGAAUAUUCAAAUAAAACUAUAUAACAGGCAGUUAUAAUGUUAUUAAUUUCAUAUUGACUAUUUUUUAUUUCUUUACAAUGUCCAACUUUGGCCUGCUUUUCUGCCCCAUAUAUUCAGAUGACAUAUUUUGUGUUUGGUCAGAAAUGGGUCACUUUUUCAACAACCUGAACUGAGCAUGCCUCAAAGGCUCCCUGGCUUAAAAGAACAGCCAUCCUUCUCAGCUAGAAAUCCACUGUCAGCAGAGUCAGCGAUGGUUCAGUCUUCCUUACCCUGCCAGCACAGACCGGUCCAAAGGACAUACUGACAAGGGACUUCAUUCUGGGCACUUUGAAUUAAAAUACCUGCAGAAGAAGGUACGCACACGUGCGCUCCGCACGUAUUUUUUUGCAACAGGGGUGCUUGAUCACCAGUUCUCCUGCCGAGGCUGACUUAACUACAGUUUUUGGAAACCAGCACUCUGACUUUGAUUUGGACUGACAUGUAGAUAUUUAAGGAUACAAUGUCUUCUGUUCCCCCAGAGGAAAGAGAAGUGCUCUUUCUCCUUCAUCUCCUGAGAUAUCACCUCAAAGAGAUAGUAGGCACCUUCCUACAAGCUUUACCCCCUCUUGGCAAUCUUGUGGGAAGCCAAUGUUCUGCCGCACACAGCAUGAAUGCAGCUGAGACCUCAGCGCUGUGGUGGCAGUGGGGAGAGCACCUGCUAAGGAUUGCGGCUGCAGCCAGAGCUUGCUCUGAAGAAAAGGCUGUUUCCACUCUCUGCUGGAAUCGCGCCCCCUCUCCUGGCACUACACUAGCAUCUUUUUUUUCAGCCUCCUACAUCACUCUGUCCCUUAUCACCGUGCAAGGGUAAAAAAACUUUGGGGGAAUUUCAUGCAGUCUGACAACCAAAGAACUUCUGAACUAUGCUCUGUGAUUGGCCAAAAAAAUAGGUUUUUCUGCAAGUGCACUUGUUUAUACUGGCUCAAAAGAAAUAAAUUACAAGUCCCUUUUUGUUUUUUGUGGUUAGCGACAGGUCUAAGGUAUGCCUGCAGCUUUUGCUGUUGGGACAGUGCUGGGUCCAUAGACCCACCAGAUGCUCUUAACGCAGGAUGCUUUCAGGCUGGAAAACUGACAUCUCUGCUGCCAAAGCUUCCUCACUUCCCCCAAAUCCUCCUUGUGAAACACAUCUACCAAGAAAAGCACAGGCUUUGCUGGUAUCACCAGCUCUACCGGGAGUCUUUGAAUGACAGCUCUGUCUGGCAGGGACUUUGGCAUCUCACUACUGUAGCUCUGCCAGCAAAAGUGUUUUAAGUUUCCUUCAGUGUCCGCCUGGUUCUGAAAGCUCCAUCUGUCUGCAACUUUGUGAAAUAUGGGAUUCCAGCUGUUUUAGAAAUAAACUAUGUUUGCUAUUUGGAUGAUGUAACAGCUUUGAGAAUCA